GCUAAGAACCCUCAACGCUCAACGUCGCAGCGUCUGUUGCCCAUUUUGGUCAAUUUGGGUUUGUUAGCACUCUGAAGUCGCCGUUGGCCGUUGGCUGUUGGAACUACCUGCCACAUUGCCACACGUACAACGUGCAACUUAGUUUUCACGCGUCUCCUGAACAGUUUGGACGACUUGGACAAAGUCUGCUGAAAAUGUUUGAGCACAAGUUUAUCAUAAUUAUUGUGUUGACUGCUGCCUGUUGCCUACUGCAGGGUAUUACACGUUGCCAGCGGUUGCGCCUCAAACAGCUGCACACGCUGCACAAGUGGAGCAACCUCAGCCUGGGCCCUGAUCCGGCUCGCAACACUCACUUUCUGCCCGUGGACAUUGACAUUGAAUAUGGCGACGAGGGACGUCAUCGCACAUUUCUCACCAUUCCGCGACUGAGUGCCGGAGCACCCUUUACCUUGGCCACCAUAUCAGCCAGUGACAAUGAGCGUGUGCAAAAUCCACGACUGGAAGCCUAUCCCAACAUCAAAUGGCAUAUUGCCUCCAAAAACUGUUCGGGCAUUACUUCCGCCAUCAGAACUUAUAUUGAUGAAUGCUGGCGGCUGUGGGUUGUGGAUUCGGGCCAAAUGAACUCAUUGCAGCUGUGUGCGCCACAGAUUUUGAUCUUUGACCUGGUCAAAGAUGAGCUGGUGCAGCGUUCCACGCUGCCUGCGGCAAUGUAUACGCCCAGCAUUUCGAUAUUUACGGCCAUGGUGGUGGAUCUGGCGGAGAAUGUGGCACCUACAAAAUGUUUGGGUGGCAAGGCCUACAUAGCGGAUGCUUGGGGCUAUGGACUGAUUGUGUUUGAUGCACUCAGUGGGAAAUCUUGGCGAAUUGAGCAUGAAUCAAUGCAGCCAUCGCUGGGAGUGCGUCGUUUUGGCAGCGCCCAUGCGGGCAUCUUUACCGUCAGCCUCAGUCCCAGUGGAUCAGCUAAACGUUUCUUGUACUUUCACACACUGAACAGUUUCUUUGAGAUUGCGAUACCGCUGCAAGUGGUGAACAACGCGAGUAUUUGGAAUAGGAAAUCAAAGGAUGAAGCCGGGAAACACUUUCGCAUUGUGGGCACGCGAGGAACUCAAUGCGAAUCGGAGGUGAUGGAUAGCGAGGGUAAUCUCUAUUGUAGUCUGAUCAGUCUGGGCGCCUUGAUUAGUUGGAGCGAGCUAUCGAACUAUACGGCAAAUGAUAUACGUGCCGUGGCCUACAAUCCGCAACAAUUGAAAUUCGUCACGGGGCUGAAGAUCAAUCGAAACUCGAAGGGAGAGAAUGAAAUUUGGGCUCUGAGUAGUGAGCCAAAUUUGUUUGUUGGCGGCUCCUUGAAGGAGAACGAGAUCAAGUUUCAGAUUAUUGGCUGUCGUACAGCUGACUUGCUGGCCAAUACACCGUGUACGGUGGGCGCAAUGGAAAAACAUAAUUAACUUUAAAUAUUAAUUCUAGUUUGAAAAUCUCAUAUUUUGUAAGAAUUAAGCAACUUUUGAAAUGUAACGAGAUUUGAUAACGCGCCCAAGCUGAUUGCCAUGACACGCUGUGUUAGUUUAGUCAGCUGAUUUGCACGGAAAAGAUAAUCGAAAGGAGAAUUAAUCGAAUUAUCGGCCAUCCCUAGG